GAUUCGCAUACGAAAUUAGACGAUUUCGCACGAAAAAUCAAUAUUCGUAUUUUCGACCGCAUAGUAUGCGAAUUUUUUCGCAUGCGGUGUCUCGAAUGGGUAUAUACCAUUCGAAUUUCAAAGUUCGUGUGCGAUUUUCAAUUUGAUUCUGCCACUUGUCUUGUUUUGAUUUUAAACCUUAGCUUUGUAUUUUUUUUAAAUUUGUGUGUUCGUUGAGUAUUUUCGUAGUGUUUUUUUGUUGUUUAUUGAAAAAAAAAACUAUAAUCAAAUGGCAAGAUUAAACUAUCUUGUGCAAAGAAACGUCGUCGAUGCACUGGAAGAGGCUGAAACUCUGGCAGAUAGAAGGAAUAGGAUGUAUUGUUCAUUUCUUGACCCAUUUGAAAUGUAUUCAGAUGCUCAAUUUAUUAAAUUAUAUAGAUUAAGCAAGCCUCUUACGAUGGAAUUAAUAGACUUACUAGAGCCUCACCUCACAGCUCCAUCUAGGAAAUCAGCAUUGUGCAUUCCAAGGAAAAUUUUAACAACAUUACGAUUCUUAGCAAGUGGCAGUUACCAGUUGGAUGUAGGUAGAAAUAUGAAUCAUGCUGUUUCACAAAGUAGCGUGUCAAAUGUGAUUCAUGAGGUAAUAGAUGCUCUUAAUAUGCCUGAUAUAUUUAACAAGUAUAUUCAUUUACCUCGAAAUAGAGAUGAACUGUCAGAUUUAAGGAACAAGUUUUAUAUGACACAUAACUUCCCUGGAAUAAUUGGCAGCAUUGACUGCACUCAUAUAGCAAUAGUUGCACCGAAGAGGAACCAGUACCCAGAGGAAGCAUAUGUGAACCGCAAGGGCUACCAUUCAUUAAAUGUGCAGUUGAUCUGUGAUCCAGAUUUAGAAAUUCUAAAUGUCUGUGCCCGAUAUCCUGGCAGCAGUCAUGACAGCUAUAUCUUUAACAAUAGUGCAGCCUACCAAUAUAUCAGACAACUGUAUAAUAAUGGCUAUACUUCUUUUUCUUUCUUAGGUAAGAUUUUUAUUUUAAUAAUUAAAUAUACUGAUUUCACAUUAAAACAAAUGUUUCAAGGUGAUUCAGGGUAUGCACUAAGGCCAUGGAUGCUCACCCCAAUCCAAAAUGUAUUGCCAGGAUCUCCUGAAGAGAAUUAUAAUAUUCGACAAAAACAAGCAAGGUCCAUUAUAGAAAGAUGUAAUGGGGUGUUAAAGCUUAGAUUUCGUUGUCUUUUAAAGCACAGGGUUCUUCAUUAUGAUCCAACCACAGCCUCAAAAAUAAUUAAUGCUUGCACAGUACUGCACAAUAUGUGCAUUAUACAUAAUAUACCUCCCGUAGAAUUUGGUGAUGAAGAGGAAGAUAAUUAUAUUGAUAUUGACUAUGGAAUCUAUAUAAAUGAUAAUGAUAUCAUACAAGUUAGAAACCAAGGCCAAGAACUCAUUGCAGGAAGAAGGUUACAGCAACUAUUAAUUAGAAACCAUUUUAGAAAUUUUUAAAUUGAUAUACUGUAAUA